UACCAAAUAAUUAAAAUACAUUGAACUAUAGCAUGGAGGAUGUAAACAUUGCUACGUCUGCACAAGACAAUCCAACAAACACAACAACUACAGAUGAUAAACAACCAGAGAUUCCUGAAGAUGGACAGAAUGAAAAUAGGGAUCAUGAAUUGGAACCAGAUACAGAUGUGGUGGGUAAAAACCCACAGGCUUGCCGAAAUGAGGAACUUAAGGAGAUGAUGGCUUCUAGUAGUCAUAUACAUGUUGAUGUUGAUGAAAUAGCAGGCACAGUUGCAAGCAUGGUAACACAGACUUCAAUAAAUGGGGAGAAUGCUGGCCUUGGUGCUACGUCUGAAAAAAUCGAACUUAAUGAUGAUUUAAUACAAAGAAUUAAACAAGAAGUUCUUGAUGCUGUACGUGAAGAAAUAGCAGCAAUACGACGUGAUGUAAACACAGAUUUUCCUUCUACCACCCGAGGUGCUGUUGCUAAGCAACCAACCAUUGUAAGAAACCCAAAGAACAUUAAGGAAGAAAUCAGAAAAUUGAAAAAAGAAAUGAAAGAAAUGAAAAUAAAGAAAAAAUCUGUUGAACGCAGCAAAAAACAAUCUGCUUCUUCUAUUACAAGGAAAUUUGCUGCGAGUUUCAUUUGUGAGAAUCUUUGUGAUGGUAGUUGCGUUUCUAUUGGUGAAUCUUUUGUGAAAUACUGGGUGCUUAAGAACGAAGGUGCAAGGGUAUGGGAUGGUAAAGUUACGCUUGAGUUAAUACAAGAAUCUCCAUCUCUUGGAUCAUCUGUUGAUCCAGCAAUUGACUUCAACAACCUUCUUAAGUGGGGGCCACAGAUUACUAGUGUUCAGGUACCAAUAGUCCAACCCAGUGGCACUGCUGUGCUGGCUGUCACCCAUGUGGCCCCUGCGUACCCGUGUGCGUAUACUUCAUCAUGGUGUUUGCAACGAAACGGACGAAUCUUUGGACCAAGGGUUUGGUGCACUGUACAAGUUGUUGAGAGAAAGAAGGAAGGGGGGUUGAAGACGACGUGUCCGUCUGUAACGGAAGAUGAACCUGAGUCAGAAACCUCAUAUAUUGGAGACGAUUCGAAGUGGAUUCGUCGUCAAACUUCGGAGAAUAAACCUCCUGUUCACGCUGAUGAUUUUAACAACAUCAUCACAUUUCAAAUGGAGGAUAUAGGGGAUUCUGAUAUAAUGAGAUCUCCACAGGAAAAAUAUUCAUACGCCGUCCCGUCAAACAGACCAUUGGUUCAAAAGGACCAACCAGCAGUUUCAGAAGCAACAGACGUUCAAGAUAAUAUUCCUUCAAAUCAAACCAACCAACCACUGACAGAAGAUACAAAAACAGUCCAACCAGGUGGCUUACCAUCUGAGAGCUUGAAGAGCAUAGAAGAGAAAAAGGAAGAUGGAUCUGAGAGGAGUGAGAUAAAGGAAGAGAAUAAGCAAGAGGAGUGUGAGAAUGAGGUGUCAGAUUUUGAAUCAAUAGGUCUGGUUGAACAACAUGAGGAUCCACAAGAAGAGCAAGAAGAUGGGGAAGAGGAGGAAGAUGGGGAAGAUGAGGAUAGCAAUGAUGUUUCAUCAUCAGAUGAGGAGGGUAGUGAACACAUGAGCGACUUUGAAGUCAUUCCUCUGCCUGAGUGUUUCGAUACAUCAAGACCCCUGAGUGCCCCAACUAGUAUGGAGAACAAUGAACCUGUCAAUCAAGAAAAUACGCCUAUCAAUCAAGAUGAAGUUGUCAAUCACCCCGAUGAAGUUGUCAUUGACAAUGAUGAUGCUGCCAAACAAGAAGAUACAUCUGCCAAUCAAGAUGAUGAACCUGUCACUCAAGUUGAUGAACCUGUCACUCAUGACGAUGAACCUGUCACUCAUGAUGAUGAACCAAUCACUCAUGAUGAUGAACCUGUCACUCAUGAUGAUGAACCUGUCAAUCAAAUUGAUGAACCUGUCAAUCAGGAAAAUGAUCAUGCCACUUCACAAAAUGAAACAUCACAACCGAUAAAUCCAACUCCAGUGCAUUCGCUCCCACAAUCCAUUAUUGAUCUUGACAAACCAUGUCCAGUGGUGGAUUACACACAAGGUUACAUCACACCCAGCCAACGUACGGCACCUGUGGAUGAACCAUGGACACAACAACCAAUACCAUUACCACGAGGUGUGUUAGACGCAGAUAAGCCAUGGGUUGCAGUCGUGGCACCUCAUAAAGUACCAGCUCACCGCACAAGUCAAAUGUUACCGAGUGAAACAACUUCCAAGCCAUGGGAUGCAGAAUCUAUUUUAUCAAGUGGAACAGAAGUACCAAACCCUCACAACACUGAUGAAGCAGAUUCAUUAAACGGAGAUGAUUCACCCCAAAUAUAUUACCCGCCACACGAUGGAAUUGAUGAAGAUGAGUUUAUCCUCGCUCCUCAAUCUGCUCCCACCCCUCCCACUCUUGCUCCUGUUGCUCCCACUCCUCUCAUUUUUAACCCAUCACCCAUGGAUCAGUUGUUCGAGAUGGGAUUCAGCGAUUACGACCUCAAUGUUGAGGUUUUAAAUCGUUGUGGGGGGGACGUGGCUAAAGCUGUCCAGAUGCUUCUAACUCCAGGCACCUCUCGUACAAGACAUCCCCGCAAUGGCGGUUACACUGAGGUUUAAAUGGAAAGAGAUUUUCAAAACAAUUGUCCCCGUGACAAAGUUUGUUAUAUUUUGUACAGUCUGCCAGUUCAUUUGUUUGAUAGUAACUGUUAAUUAAAAAAUACCCCCCAUUUGAAAAUAUAAGAUUCUGCACUUCUUUUUUUUCUUUACUUUUUUAUCGUUUUUAUGAAGUUCCAUAAUUUGUAAAGCAAUAGUUUGUCUGUGUGUUUCUGUUAUUAUUCUUUAUGUUUACACUUAUUGUUUUGUAAUUCAAUAUUUCAAACAAAGUGAAUGAAUAUGUUGACUUUUCCAGUGAUGCUAAUUUUGUUUUAAUUUUCCUCUCCGCGUGUACAUUUCUUAUGGUUUGGCUGCAUGGCUUGGUGAUUGAAUUCUAAAUUUGUGGUUUUCACAUGUUAAUAUCAUGUUCAGAGUUAAAAUAUUGACAGCUUGUAAAUUAAUGUAAAGCAUGCACGAAAUGUAGAUUGCGAACUAAAAUAAACUGUAUAAAAAUGUA